AUGGCGUAUACACCAACACCAGCCCAAAAUGGGCGCCUGUCAGAUUCACUUUCCCUAACCUCUAUCGAAGACGCCCCUCCCAAAGAGAAAAAGCCACCCGAUCCCAACAUGGCAAAUCCACGCCUCCUCAUCAACCGUGCUUGUAUUUACGAGCGCCAUCUACCAGGCGAUGCAUAUAUUACCGCGCACGUGGAGCGUCUGCAACACGGGUUUUAUUCGAGCAGUUCUGUUUCUGACAAGGAUGCUGAACAUGUUGAUUUCCUCGCUAUUGGGUUCGUUUUCCAUUCGCCGCAUACUCUCUCUCAUCGCUUUAAAUCUGCCUCGAUCAAGGUCUCUGUUCAUGGUGCGAGGGAGAUGUCUCGGUCGCCUCUUUAUCCAAAUGGAUACCCGCCUGGUAACCCGAGGUUCCUCAUGCAUGCGCCGCGUUUGAUCUACGGUACUGUGUCGCCAGAGACGAUGGAAUGGACCUUCAGUCUGGCGGGGUCAUUGGGUAUAUCGGAAAUGCCAGUGAGCGCGAGUGUGAUUCCCUCAGGAAGUGUCAACAGCCGAUACAGACGAUACGAGAUGAUGCGCAUUCAAGGGUCGGCGCGUACGCUGAAGAGCCAAAAAGGAGCAAGUUUCGACGUUGAGGCUGGGGAGAUUGUUUGGUCCAUGGAGGAGAACAACCUGCAGAAAUCCGGUCUACCGCGUGAGUUCACCUUCGUCAUGUUGGUUCAAAAGCCUACGGUCGAUAGCCGGCCCGCUUUGUCAAUUGAGGUCGAGCCUGUUAUCGAUGUUUGGUUUGGAAGUUACCCGAGUUGGAUGCUCAAUAUGUCCGCGUAUAAGCCUGCUCCUCGACGGGGUGUCGACUUUCAACAGGAGGUUGGUCAGCGGUUUAAACCUGUGGACCCGGUCCGGGGAUUCAAUUUUGCUGCUCUUGAGAGUCAGUUUGAUGAUUACAUUUCUAUGCCUGGAAGGAAGUUCAGCCGUCAGAUGCAAAUCCCAGUAGACCCAGGGUUCCCAGAAACCAGACCCCAGCAACCUUAUCCCGGUCAAUAUGGUUCCAUUAACCCAUAUCAGCAACAACUCCAAAACAAAACAAACAAUCUAUCCCUCCAGAACAAUGACCUAUCUCUACAAAAUAACCUCCUGCAAACAACCCUUCAACAGCUAUGGAACAACACCCAAAGUCAAUACCAGGGCCAAGGCCAAAACCGAACACAACCCCAAUAUCAACCUCCACCCCGAGCCUCUACUCCAACUAUCAUAGCCACGGCACCCAAUAUGACGGGUCUCCCAACAGCAGAGGCAGCAACAAAUACCCUCAAUAUCAGACUAUUACUAGAUAGCCCGACGCCAUCACAUCUCCCAAAUCUCAACCACAAGAUGAACACGAACGGAAAGACACGCAGUCCUCGUGCAUCACCGCUUGCGCAGCGAGCGGAAAGCUCAAAGCAGUCUAAGCCUCAGCCCCAGUCUCAAUUGAGAAACGUCCCUCGUCCAAAUCUCAAAACAAAAGACCCGUCAACAGAUAACGACGACGUCUUCAUGGGCGAAGAAGCAAGCUGUGGGCUGGAAAAAGUGGAUGACUUUGGUCAUUCUUCAUCUCCCACGCCACAACGACAAAGAGAGAUUCGCCGUACUCAAAGACCAAGGUCGGGGAUCACACUUGAAGAGAUGCGUGAUGGAAUAAUGGAUGAGGAAGAAAGGAAUCGGCGUGCGGACUCUUCAUUGCAAUUGCAAUUGCAGACUCGGGCAGGGAGGCAGAGUCAAUCUCAGGCUUUGGAUCAAGGUGCCUGUCCGACUCCUGAACAGAGACCGCAGCCUUGUCGGAGGAAUUCGAGGGCGAGUGUUGGUUUGGGGUCUGGGAAUGCUGGUGGUGGAAGCCGUUCUGGUAAUUGUGUCGGCUAUAGUCAUCGGCAGAUUAUGAGGAUGGCUAACUCGCCGUUGUCAACUUCUUUGCUUGCGGCUUUGGCCGAGAAGUGA